UACGACCAUGAUGGCAGAGUGAUUGCAGGUAGACUUGCGAGCUCCAUUCGUUUCUUCGUCUUUCGGUUCUUAGGGCAACCUCGCAGCGGAUCCUGUACCAUAAGAAGAGCUUAAAUCCAGGAAUUGAGAAUUUGAUUCUUCGAAACCCGUUGGAGAACAUGAGAAUAAAAACAUUGGCUUCUUUGUCGAGUUUCUUCAUCACGAUAGAACUCACAAUACAGGAUCUUUGGAAGUGUUCUUCACUGUAUUGAUGUCUCCCACGUCCAAAAUAAAUAUACAACUAAGACGAUGAUGUUUUAUUGCAAGACCUAACGUAUUCUCGUCCCAGUUGAUAAGGAAAGAGCUAUUGAUUUUAAUUUUUAGCCACGCAACUCCAAGUUAUUAACUAUUAAUGCAAGGAAUCUGAUUUUGGUCAAUCGAUUGAUAUGGGGAGUUUUGCUAAACCAGAAAAUGCUUUGAAACGAGCUGAAGAGUUGAUUAAUGUCGGACAGAAGCAAGAUGCUUUGCAAACACUUCAUGACCUUUUCACCUCACGGAGACAUAGAGCAUGGCAAAAGCCACUUGAAAGGAGCAUGUUUAAGUAUAUAGAGCUGUGCGUAGACUUGCGCAGAGGUCGGUUUGCCAAGGAUGGACUCAUUCAGUAUCGUAUCAUAUGUCAGCAAGUAAAUGUUGGUUCUUUGGAGGAGGUGAUCAAGCAUUUCAUGCAUCUAUCAACCGAGCGAGCCGAACAAGCUCGUACCCAAGCACAAGCCUUAGAAGAAGCUCUUGAUGUUGAAGAUCUAGAAGCAGAUAAAAGGCCAGAAGACUUAAUGCUAAGCUAUGUGAGUGGAGAGAAAGGAAAAGAUAGAUCUGAUCGGGAGCUUGUGACACCAUGGUUUAAGUUUCUUUGGGAAACGUAUAGAACAGUGCUUGAAAUAUUACGAAACAACUCAAAAUUGGAAGCACUAUAUGCGAUGACGGCACAUCGAGCUUUCCAGUUUUGUAAGCAAUACAAACGAACAACAGAGUUUCGCAGGCUGUGUGAGAUCAUAAGGAAUCAUUUGGCAAAUCUCAAUAAGUAUCGAGACCAGAGGGACCGGCCUGAUCUAUCAGCUCCAGAAAGCUUGCAACUGUAUGCUGAGACAAGAUUUGAGCAGCUAAAAGUUGCCACUGAACUUGAACUCUGGCAGGAAGCCUUUCGAUCUAUUGAAGAUAUUCACGGACUGAUGUGUAUGGUUAAGAAGACGCCCAAAUCAUCCUUGAUGGCUGUUUAUUAUGCUAAGCUAACUGAAAUAUUUUGGAUUUCUUCUAGCCAUUUAUAUCAUGCUUAUGCAUGGUUCAGGCUUUUCUUAUUACAGAAAAGCUUCAAUAAGAACCUGAGCCAGAAGGAUUUGCAAUUGAUAGCAUCAUCUGUAGUAUUGGCUGCCCUUUCAGUAAAUACUUAUGAUCACACCCAUGGUGCAUCUCAUUUGGAUAUAGAGAAUGAGAAAGAGAGGAACUUGAGAAUGGCUAAUCUCAUAGGAUUUAAUCUUGAGUCUAAACUUGAGAGCAAAGACGUGCUCUCAAGGUCAUCCCUCCUUUCUGAACUAGUUGCCAAAGGUGUAAUGUCUUGUGUGAUUCAAGAAGUGAAGGACCUUUAUCAUCUUUUAGAACAUGAAUUUUUCCCUCUAGAUCUUGCUUCAAAAGUUCAGCCCUUGUUGACCAAAAUCUCAAAGUUUGGGGGCAAGCUUUUGUCGGCUCCUUCUGUCCCAGAAUUGCAAUUGUCUCAAUAUGUUCCCGCAAUGGAAAAGCUUACCACCUUGAGAUUGUUGCAGCAGGCGUCCCGGGUGUACCAGAUGAUGAAGAUUGAAAGUUUAUCCAAGAUGACUCCAUUUUUUGAUAUUUCUGUUGUGGAAAAGAUAUCUGUGGAUGCAGUCAAGUAUAAUUUUGUGGCCUUGAAAGUGGACCAUAUGAAGGGUGUUGUUAUUUUUGAUAACACGGGUCUUGAGUCAGAGAUUUUAAGAGAUCACUUGGCCACCCUUGCAGAAACUUUAAAUAAAGCUAGAGCAAUGAUUUAUCCUCCUGCUAGAAAUGCCUCAAAAAUUGGUGAAUUGCUUCCCAGUUUAACUGAGAUUGUGGAUAAGGAACAUAAGAGACUACUUGCUCGAAAAUCCCUCAUUGAGAAACGCAAAGAAGAAGAAGAGCGCAAACUUCUGGAGAAGGAACGUCUGGAAGAGUCAAAGAGGAUGGAACUACAAAAGAUAACUGAGGAAGCAGAAAGAAAAAGACUGGCUUCUGAGUAUGAGGAGAGGAAGAAUGAAAGGAUACGUAGGGAAAUAGAGGAGCGGGAACUUGCAGAAGCCCAAGCUCUUCUUCAGGAAGCUGCACAACGUAUUAAAUGGAAAGGAAAGAAGCCGGUCAUAGAGGGAGAAAAACUUACGAAGCAAAGUGUGAUGGAGUUGACUUUGAGUGAGCAACUCCGAGAAAGGCAGGAAAUGGAAAAGAAAUUGCAGAAAAUUGCCAAAACCAUGGAUUAUUUGGAGAGAGCAAAAAGAGAAGAGGCUGCUCCCCUGGUUGAAGCUGCAUAUCAACAGCGUUUAGUGGAGGAGAAGCUAUUACAUGAACACGAGCAACAGCAAGAUAUUGAACUAAGCAAACAGCGCCAUGAUACAGAGAAAAAGGAGAAGGAGAGGCUGGCUCGAAUUAAGCACAAUAAGGAAAUAUUUCAAGAAAGGGUUGUCAGUUGCCGGGAAGAAGAAUAUGCCAGAUUGAGAGGGGAGAGAGAGGAGCGAAUCUCACAAAUCUUGCAUUCCAGAAGAAAAGAGAGAGAGAAGAUGAGGAAGUUGAAGUUUUAUUUGAGUUUAGAAGAGGAAAGGCAGAGAAAAUUGCACGAGGAGGAGGAAGCACAGAAGCGCGAAGAAGCUGAGAGGCGAAGGAAGGAGGAGGCCGAGCGCAAAGCAAAAUUGGACGAGAUUGCAGAAAAGCAGAGGCAAAGAGAACAAGAACUGGAAGAAAAAGAGAGGCAAAGGAGAGAAGCGCUUUUGAGGAGGUUCACUGAGGGGCCUUUAAAGCCUUCUGAGCCUCCCACUGUGGCCACCCCAACGGAGUUGUUAUCUGCUGCUCCAGCUGUUGCUGCACCUGCACCAGCACCAGCACCAGCACCUGGAAAAUUUGUCCCAAGGUUCAGGCGGGAGAGAGCUGAGAGCUCCGGGCAGGCUCCACCUCCAGAAUCUGAUCGGUGGGGUGGAGGCAGACAGGAUGACCGAAUAUCCCAAGCUGAUGAUAAGUGGCGUAGGGAUGACCGCAGAUCCUCAGGUGGGUCGUCAUUUGGUGGGGGUGGCAGUUCAAGGUCUACUUCGACAUGGUCAUCAUCCAGGAUUCCCCCUCGUGGAUCUGAACGCUGAUUUUAAAUUAAAGAAGCCAGCUUUGGAGGUUUAGCAGCUGAUUUUAACAGCCAGCUUUGGAGAUUUUGCAGCUGAUUUAACAGCCUACUUUGGAGGUUUAGCAAUCAGGCUUUUCCUGCCGAAACGUGGUUGUGGUUCUUUUCUGGAUUUGGCUUCAUGUGCUGGGUUGUUUAUUUAAUUUUUGAGUUCUUAUUCUUAAUUAAGAUUUUACUAGUUCCCAUGGUGCUUAAUGCAUUUGGGAUUUUGUUCCCAGCAUGUCUGGCUUGGUUUAAUGAAUUUUGUUCUGUACGAUGCAAAAGCAGGCAUCCUCUGUUGGGGCUUUUUUCCUUC